CAAGAACAGAGUCACACAUGAAGAAGAAAUGACGUUUGCUCAAAGGGCGGUCUGUCUCUUGUCAAUCAUCACAGGAGCCUCCUUCGCGGGUGACGUCAUCGCGCUCCUCUCCGUCGGGGCGCGCGAGCUGCAGCAGACGCAUCAGGCGGGUCACGUACGGACCGAGCACCGACACCGGACCACCGACCCCCCGAGCCUCCCGAAGCCCCCCGAGCCUCCCCCGAGCCUCCGCAGGGAUUUGAUGCGGCCGCUGCGGUCCUAAAGACGACCCACCCCCGCACGACAGCACCGGGACAGCACCGGGACAGCUCCCCGCCUCACAGCGCACCGCGGCCGGCAUGGAGAGCAAGGAGAAGACGCCGUCAGGGGAGCAGUUAAAAGGCAUCGUCACUCGUCUGUUCUCGGAGCAGGGCUUCUACCUCCAGAUGCUCUCGGACGGAACCAUCAGCGGCUGCAAGGACGAAAACAGCGACUACACCCUGUUUAACCUGAUCCCGGUGGGGUUGCGGGUGGUGGCAAUUCAAGGCGUGAAGGUCGGACUCUACGUGGCCAUGAACGCCGAGGGAUUUCUCUACACCUCUGACGUGUUCACCCCGGAGUGUAAGUUUAAGGAGUCGGUCUUUGAGAACUAUUACGUCAUCUACUCGUCGACGUUGUACCGGCAGCACGAGUCGGGCCGCGCCUGGUUUCUCGGCCUGAACAAAGAAGGAAUCAUCAUGAAAGGAAACCGCGUGAAGAAAACCAAAGCCUGCUCGCACUUCGUCCCCCGACCCAUCCAAGUGUGCAUGUACAAGGAGCCGUCUCUCCACGAACUCGAGGAGAAACUUCUCAAAUCAUCUCGCAGCCCGACUCUGAACAGCGGGCGCAGCAUGAGGGCCAUCGCCCACAGGGAGGACGGCAAGAGCAUCAGGAGCGUCAACAGCGAAAGGAGCCAGAGGAGCCAGGGAGAGCCGGAGAGGUCAUAGCCAUCUGAAGAACAUCUACAAGACAUCUGACCACAAGUGUGAGGAGCCAGGGAGGAGCCAGGGAGGAGCCAGGGAGGAGCCAGGGAGGAGCCAGGGAGAGGUCAUAGCCACCUACAGACUGACCAACCACACAUCUGACCACAGGGAGGAGGCCACGAGCAGAUGAAUUAUCAUAACAUCCAUCAUCCUGACCAAAAGGAGAAGAGGAGGAGCACAAGGAGGCACACCCCUCGAGGAGAAGGCGAGGAACGAGAUGUGGUCCAUAAACAGCCAAUCACAGCAGCCGGACACGCCCCCAAAUCAGCAAAACAGCCAAUCACAAAAGGGAAUCAACAAAUUAUAACAUUACAGCCAAUGAUGGACCAAGACCUGCCCACAAACCUCAUUCAGCCAAUCUCCUCCUUCUGCUCCUCUGGUUACUCCUCUCUGCACCUGUCUGCUCCUCUGCUCCUCUGUCUGCUCCUCUGUCUCUGCUCCUCUGCUCCUCUGUCUGCUCCUCUGGCUCUGCUCCUCUGCUCCUUUGGCUCUGCUCCUCUGGCUCUCCUCCUCUGGCUCUCCUCCUCUGGCUCUCCUCCUCUGGCUCUCCUCCUCUGGCUCUGCUCCUCUGCUCCUCUGCUCCUCUGGCUCUGCUCCUCUGGCUCUGCUCCUCUGCUCCUCUGGCUCUGCUCCUCUGGCUCUGCUCCUCUGGCUCUACUCCCCUGGCUCUGCUCCUCUGGCUCUGCUCCUCUGCUCCUCUGUCUCUGCUCCUCUGCUCCUCUGUCUCUGCUCCUCUGUCUCUGCUCCUCUGGCUCUCCUCCUCUGGCUCUCCUCCUCUGGCUCUCCUCCUCUGGCUCUCCUCCUCUGGCUCUGCUCCUCUGCUCCUCUGGCUCUGCUCCUCUGGCUCUGCUCCUCUGGCUCUGCUCCUCUGCUCCUCUGGCUCUGCUCCUCUGGCUCUGCUCCUCUGCUC